AUGUUGGAGCCGGAUGUCAUCAGCUGCAACGCCGGGAUGAGUGCGUGCGAGAAAUGCGGGCAGUGGCAGCAGGCUUUGUCGCUGCUCAGCGAAAUGCGGGAGACGGCGUUGGAGCCUGACUUCAUCAGCUGCAGCGCUUGCAUGAGCGCCUGCGAGAAAAGCGGGCAGUGGCAGCAGGCUCUGUCGCUGCUCAGCGAGAUGCGGGAGACGACGUUGGAGCCUGACCUCAUCAGCUGCAGUGCUUGCAUCAGCGCCUGCGAGAAAGCCGGGCAGUGGCAGCAGGCUCUGUCGCUACUCAGCCGAGAUGCCGGAGGCGAGGCUGGAUCCUGA